CGCUCGCCAUGGCCGACAAAAAGCCCAAGGAAGGAGUCAAGUCCAAGAACAACGAUCAUAUUAAUUUGAAGGUGGCGGGGCAGGAUGGUUCUGUGGUGCAGUUUAAGAUUAAGAGGCAUACACCACUUAGUAAACUAAUGAAAGCCUAUUGUGAACAACAGGGAUUGUCAAUGAGGCAGAUCAGAUUCCGAUUCGACGGGCAACCAAUCAAUGAAACAGACACACCUGCACAGUUGGAAAUGGAGGAUGAAGAUACAAUUGAUGUGUUCCAACAGCAGACGGGAGGUGUCUACUGAAAAGGGAACCUGCUUCUUUACUCCAG